AUCCAAUCAAUUUUGUUAUUGCUAACGUCUACUUUUGUACAUUAGCUCGAACAUAUGUAAGUAAAAAAGUGAGCGCACAUAACUGUCACCGUCCUGGUGAAACUGCGCCCUCCAUGUGUGCGACAGUACCUCAACAAACCGGAUACGGAUGUGAGGUUUAAAUACAACAGCUCCAGGACCGCGUUGGAUGCCUGGUUAUUACAGAGAUGAGCGGUGAGAACGUGAAGUUGUUUGUAGGGAACCUUCCUAUAGAUGCUACUCAUGAAGAACUAAAUAAGCUCUUUGCGCCAUAUGGAGAGAUCAACACCUGCUCGUUGCUCAGACAGUACGCCUUCGUUACCCUGAAGGGAGAGGGGGCAGCAGACAGAGCGAUACGGCACCUUGAUGGCAAAGAGUACAGAGGCAGACCCCUGGUGGUCGAGGAGUCGCGUGCGCGCCCACCCAACUCCACUAAAGUGUUUGUGGGGAACCUCAGUGCAACAUGUUCAGCAGAUGACUUGCAUGGGCUGUUCUCAACCUUCGGAAGAGUUUUAGAUUGUGAUAAAGUCAAAGCCAGGUUAUGCUCAAAUGUUGGCUAUGCAUUUGUGCAUAUGGAGAGGAAGGAGGAUGCCAUGGCAGCUAUCGAUGCGCUCAAUGGGACCAUGUUCAAGGGGCGUCAGUUGGCUGUAGAGCUGUCCAAAGCCCAACCUUUGAUCAACCAGAUUGUGACAGCUGGAAAUUCGACUAGCCCUGCAGGUGGCAGAGAGGGUCUUCUUCCCCGACCGCCUCCAUCACUAGAGCAUCACCAGAGUCAGGCAGCUGUACUUGCUGCAGCUGCAGCCGCUGCCGCUGGACUACCCAUACAAGUUCAACAAAGUGUCCAUAACUCAUUCUACAACACCACAUCCUUUGACCCCACCUAUGCUGCCCUUAAAGGGAUUACCAGUUCCAAAGGUGCGGAUGGAGUCAUAUACGGAGCUCUUGCCAGUCAAGUGUAUGGAUCCGUCGCUGACCAGGUGUUUCAGGAGCUAUCAAAUCACAAUUCUGCAUCAAGCGCACCUGAAGAAGAGGUGGAGCCACAGACUGCACCUGAUCCAACCACACUUUUCGAGGCAGCAAGAGCCAAGUUCUUUCAGGAAGGACAGAAGGUUCUGGCAGAGCAGCAGGCAGGAAGAAAGGCAGCAUCUUCAGAUAAUGAGCGGGACCGCAGUCCAAUAAGAGGAAAUCGAGCCCCUCUCCUCCCUGACCCUGUUCCGGGUUCCUUUGCUCAGAUACGACCCAAACGACGCGCCCUGCUGCCAACACCACCCGGAGCACCUGAAGAACCUGCCGCUGCCACCCCCACUCCUGAAGGAGCAGAUCCUGUUGCGAGGUCGUAUACAGAAUACUACCAACAAAUGCAUCAGUACCAACAGUAUCAACAGUACCAGCAACAGUACCAGUACCUCCAGUAUGCCUACACCAAUCCUCCUCCUCCACCACCUCCUCCGCCUCCACCGGCAACUACACAGGCACCGGCUUCCACCGCAACCCCUGCACCCCCAGGGACAUACGCAGCACUCCCAACAUAUGGUGCAUCUGAAUCCUAUGCAGCCCCAGGAACAUACGACACUCCAGGAGGUUAUGACGCCUCAUCGGGGAGCUACGAUACUUCAUCUGGGAACUACGAUGCCUCAUCUGGAAGCUACGACUCCUCAGCCGGCUAUGACACAUCUGGAGGCUACGGGGCACCAGGAGCAUAUGAUUCAUCAGGAGCUUACGCAGCAGGAAGCUACUCCACCUCCACACCGUAUGAGCAGACACCCGCACACGGGCAACCCAUGCCCCAGCGCCACGAUUACCCUUACCACCCGCCAGAACCCCCUUAUCGAUAGUCCCACCCCCCUCCACACGCUACUUACACACUGCAGAUGUGUUGUGCGUGUGAGUGUGUGAGAGUGUGCGUGCACGUGCGCGAGCAUACAUAAGGGACAGUUUAAAGGGGAAAAACAAGAGAGGGGGCAAGGUUGUGAUUCAGAUGUGCUUUAAAUCAGAAGCAUCUUCCCUGUUCUCCAUCUUGGUUAACCUGUUCCAGCUAGUUGGCCUCUCAGUGGAUGGCUACUCAGUUAAGUAGAUGACUGUGAGCUCGCAAGGUCUCGGGAGUAGUGGAGAUGAGGGAGGCAGCUGAUACUGGAGUAUUGUCAAAGCAUUUAUAGUUUCUGUUAGACGUUAUAGGGGCACAGCUGGUUCCUUGUUAAAUGUCAAAGCUUAAAUUUUGCCUGGAACAAGGUCAGACUCAGAACUUAGUUUUUUGUCACUUUAGAAGAGCUUUCUGUUUGGUCAGGUAAAAGCCUCUUAUAAACUCCACAUAAACAACGUGUGCCUAUUGUUCUUGCUGCAUAAUGAAUAAUGAACCGUCUCUCUGUAUAAUGCUGUGCAGUUAGGCAGCUCCUCAAACUGCAGUCUGCCAUGAAGACCACAAAGUUUACUGGGCACAUCUUUAACAAUAACAAAGUAGAAACAAGUGUGCUGCGUACUACUUGUGACUUUUGUGGAGUAUAUAACAAGGCUUAGUUUGAAUUCAGUUGUAGUGAUGCUUUUGUAACAAAAAGCCUGUUUGAGCCAACAUGUAACUUCUACACACAAUAGAGCUCGAUGAGGAGGAAAAGCAGAACUGAGGUAAAAGUAGGUUUGAGGGGUGAAGCAAAUUGAUUGUUGCAUUUAAUGUGGAAACUUGAUCUGGUACAGAUUGAAAACGUGUUGUUAAAUUGACCAGAUUGGCUCUGAAAUAAUGUAUCAGUCUGGUUUCACCUAAGCCCCUUUCAGACAUGGGAUAUAUAACAAUAGUGUGAUUGACAGCACUGUGAUGAUCUACAGACAUGGAUCAUUUUUACGUUAAUGUUCCUCACGGCUUAAUUCAUGGAUGCCAUCAGUAGUGUUAGAGGCAGCCUUUUCUCACUGGUGUCACUGGGCAUUGUAAGUAUCACUCUGUAGAGUGUAGCUUCACUUGUGAACAUUUGUUCUGUCCUUCAUUGUCACUACCAGCAGGGUUUCUGUGAUUUUGAGUGUUUGGGCUGCUGAGUGAGCUGCUCCUCCCACACAGGCUCAGAGAAAUGGUUGCGGCUUCUGGACUGUUAGGUUGCUGUCAUAACUUUUGCAAAAAGCGACCAGGGUACUCAUUAAUCAAGCAUUAAGAUGUUGUCACAGUAAUGGACAGGAAUGCAUGUCUGAAAGGGGUUUUAGCUGACAGGUGUAGUAUUAUCUAAAGAAUUUAAAAUUAAAAAAUGUUUUUGGGCUGUUGACAUGAAAACAUUUCCUGAGCCUACACAUUGCUGGCAGAGUGAGAAGAGUGACUUUGUGGUAAAUUUCUAGGCCAUCCUGCUACCAUAGAUGGGUUGGACUGGUUUUUGAUGGAUAUUAGCAGUGUGUGAAUAAGCCUGCUUGAUGUUUCAUUGAUAUUUUUGAGCAGUGUUGAUAAGAACAGGCUACAAUCACAAGAGUGCAUGAUAUCAGUUGAAGUAGAUCAUUUGGAGCAAUUUAUGAUAAUUUGCCUUGCUUUUUUUUCCCCAUGGCUUUCUGUAUAUCUUGAUGUCUGUACAAACAUAAAUACGUUCCAAAUAUAUCCUGUCAGUUUUGCUUGAAAGGUCAGUUUUUGCCUCUAAACGUCAGAACAGAGUCUUUAUAUAAUUUUGUAGUCAUUCACACUUCGUUCCUUCUCUCUUUGUUUCAAAUGCAUCCACAUCCUUCUCUGAUUAUAAGCAUAUUCAGUUGGAUUCAGUCACUCGAUAAGAUGUUUUUGUUGGUUUUGUAUAUAUUUGAAUUUAUAAGAGCCAGGAGGAAUGUCAGCAAGUGAUGCAUGACCAAAGCAGUUAAGAGAAUUUGAGCAAAUAUAAUUGAUUUUAGUUUAUUUUUAAAAAAUUUUUGGAUAUUUUCCAUCGUUUUCUUUAUUUGAGUCUCAUCAGCUGUUGUCAUCUCUCUGGUGUCACGGAUAGCUGUGGUGAUUUAGUGGGAAAGAAAACUUACAAAUUGGUACCCAUGUAAAUAUUUAAAAUGAUGCCAACCAAUAUUUGGUAGGAAUAUUGACUGUUAAUAAAAACAGUGAUUGUAUUUAACAGUUGGAGGCCUGAUCUAGUUGGACAGUUCUGUUGUACCUGACUCUUAAAAAGAGGCAUCUGGUUUGUAUGGCAGGAAGGGAUUACAGUUGUGCUUGUAACUUGUAGUGAGUGGUGGUGAGCUGUCGUGUCAUUGGCACGUGAACUAAAGAGAGAAAGCAAGUGUAUGCUUUGCUGAAUUCAUUGCAGCGGCGUGUGGCUGAUGUGUGUGUCGUAGGGCUUUCGACCGAGCGGGUGACGGUCUUAGUGCUGCUGGUGAUGUGAAAGUCAUUUUGGAUUUUGAAAAAGACCGCUGACUUUUUUUUUUUUAUCCCCCCCCCCCGGCAGAAGUGAGAAGGCUCAAUGACCUUUCCUUUUCUCUUCUGAUCUCACCAGAAGCACACAUGGGCUUUCUCAGCAUCCAUAUUACACCUAGACAGCUUCCAUCUAGAUGCAUUAUAACUGAGUUCAGAGCAUAUAAUUCAUAACAGACUACACGUGUAGUGCAGAUAAUACUAAUGUACACCUGAUUCUUCCUGCAUUCUAUGACUUACAGUAGUUGCUUCGAUGUGAUUGUACUACACAUUAGCUACUCAUAUUAUUUCUUAUUCAGCACCUGAACCGAUAGCGCUGUUUGAUUUUAAGUGACACACAGCCUCUCUACAUUUCCACAUUAUUCCACCUUCUCCAUGUGAACUGUUAGUUGCUUGCCUUGUUGUUGCUGCUGCUCCAGCCACCUUCUUCCUCUUGCUGAUUAUUGCAGCUAGAGUGGGAGGGAGCCAAACUGAGCCCUUGCCCUGGACGUACGGCACACGCAGCUGUAGCGUGGGAUGGGGAAAAAAGCAGCGUUAGGCCUGAAACUGCUGUGGACGAUGGGGGGUCCCCCCACUAAGGUAAACACUCAGACCACACACUCCUGCCCCUCCCCGAAACAUGCCUACACACUCACCAAACACACACAUGCAGUACAGAUGCUCCUGUGUCCAUACUUCUUACUCCUGACCUGCCUUCAGGGAUUCAGAUUUCUCCGGAUUUCGAAUUUUUGUUUUGGAGAUGCACCUUCCAUCCUUUUUAACGGGAGAUUCCCCCUUUUUGUUUUCUUUUUUUUUUUUUUUCCCCAGUUUUUGAUUUUCCUGUUCACAUCCCUACAUUUCCCCCUCCCCACCAAGUUUUCUCUGCUCAUACAUUCCUGCUCCUAAAGUGACCACUCUCACACAUUUUUUAAGGACAUAUUUACCACCUUUAGUCUAAAUCUGAGCGCUCUCUGCAGCAGGCAUGUUGUUGUAAGUACGUCCUGUUUCAGCUUGUCACCGAAGAAUACCAAGCAAUCACAGCCAGAGCCAGGGACUUAUAGAUCGAUGGGUUGGGUAGUUUUUGUAAAUGCGCCCCUGUGGCCACUUUGGGGUUAAGUGCCUUGUGUAAGAGCACACUGUUAGGGCCUCCACUUCAGAGUUGAAUGACCUGGAUCGGUUGCUGGUUCGACGCUCGACUCCCCAUCUCAAAAUGAUUUUUGAUGCCACAUUCAACUUGUGUGAAUGACAAUGAACACGGAUACGACCAUGUUGUUUUAAAUUACAUUUUGUCCUAUGUCCUAUGUUUAAUUAUCAAUAAAAUCAAUUU